AUGAUCGAGAAGCCCGGCAAACGGGACCUCUCCAAGCCCCGCGCCUGGAGACCGAUAUCUUUGCUGUCCUGCCUCGGCAAAGGGCUUGAGAGGCUCAUUGCUCGCCGGCUCGCCUGGGCCUCGAUCCAUUAUGGCGUACUGCAGCCCCAACAGAUCGGUGCGCUCCCAAAACGGUCAGCAGUAGACCUGGUCGCCGCCCUCAUACACGAUAUCGAAGUAGCUCUAGCCCGCGGUAUGGUCGCUACAUUGGUCACUAUGGACGUACAGGGCGCCUUCGACACCGUCAUGCGCAACAGACUCAUCCUGCGUCUGCGUCAACAAGGAUGGCCGCUGAACCUUGUGAAAUGGGCCGCUUCCUUCAUGCAAGCCCGCUUAGCAGCCGUACGAUUCCAGGAUAUUACAACGCCGCCGUCUCCGCUCGAAUGUGGCCUAGCCCAAGGAUUUCCCGCCUCUCCCAUUCUCUUCGCCCUGUAUAUCGCCCCAAUCUACCGCCUGGGAAACUUUGGUGGUCGCUUUGGGUACGCGGAUGAUACGGCAAUGCUACGGGUAGGGUACUCGCUGGACGAAACGACUGCUCUCGCAUCUCGAGACAUGCAGGAGCUCCUGGCAUGGGGCGCCUCGAAUGGCGUCACAUUCGACCCCGACAAGACCGAGAUAAUGCACUUCUCCCGCAAGAAGGAUCCAGCCCGGCCGUUAAUAUUCCAAAAUGACACGGAGAUCGUCCCGGCCGACUCGAUGCGCUGGCUGGGUCUCUGGCUUGACCGAAAGUUGUCGUUCAACACCCACGUCGACGAGUGGACAGCCAAAGCCCGGCGUAUUGCCAACCAUCUCAAGGCCCUCGCAAACACCAGACAAGGGCCCCUCCCCAGCGCCGUCCGACGAGCCGUCAAGGCGUGUAUCGAACCGACUUUGUUCUACGGAGUAGAAGCAUGGUAUCCCGGACAAAUGGCCCCUGGCACCGGGAAUGCGACCCGCCUUGUGUCCACGCAGAUCAAGCACCUCGUCGAUCGCUUCGACGCGGUUCUGCGACACGCCAUCCGAGCAGCUCUUCCCAUCUGGAAGACCACGCCCGUCCCUGCCCUCCAUCGAGAAGCAGGUAUUCCACCCGCGUCCAUCCUGCUCGAGUCUCAAAGGAUCCGUUUCUCGGCGCGCCUGAAGUCCUUGGACGUACGACACCCUCUCGUGGCGAGGACUUCCCCGAAGCCCGCCCGGGCAUACCACAGCUCGAUCAAACGCAAGUUCCUCGUCGAGCGACGGAGCCAGAAGACCAGACUCGAGCGUACCGACGCACUCCUCCUAAACUGCGCCCGCCCAGUCUUGCUACCGCGGCAAUACUCCGACUCUGAAGCAAGCCCGCUCCAGACCGCAACCAAAGCCGACACUGCCGAGGAAUUUCUCGAAUGGCUCAAAGACGCCGCGGUCGGAAAGCUCAUCGUAUACUCUGACGGAUCGCAACUGCCGAGCGGGGCCGUAGGUUAUGGAUUUACGGUCCAGCGGAACGAGCAACCCAUAGCCCACGGCUCUGGCCGACUAGGGCCCGCCGAGGUGUUCGACGCAGAGGCAGUCGGGGCCCUGGAGGGCCUACAAGCCGCCAUAGCUGCUGCCGUCAACACGACGACAAGCAUCGUAGUAUGCAUCGACAACCUUGCAGUGGCCACCUGCUUGCGCGGGAACCCAGCCGACUCGUCGCAGGACGCUUUCACCAAGUUCCAGGACCUGGCGAGAGCACACGGAGACGUCGAGGUCCGCUGGAUCCCAGGACAUGCCGGCAUACCAGGCAAUGAGGAGGCCGACAGCCUCGCCAAAGCUGGAUGCCUGCUGCCUGAGCCGCCCGGAGCCGUACCAUCUCUGGCACACCUGCGCCGACUGGCCAGACAGCAGCCUAGAGAUGCCUUCAAAGCAUGGUGGACGACCGAAGCCCCAGAGUCGUACAAGCCUAUGCACCUCGAGGUGACCACAAGCUGCCCACCAGAACUCAUGCUCCCCAGAGCAACCCUCCACAGUGUCCUCGCGGCGAGAUCUCGCCACGGAGACUUUGCCGACUACCACGAGCGUUUCAAUCAUGACGACGCAUGUCUUGACUGCUCAUGCGGACGACGCAAAGCGCCAGAGCACCCAUUCUACUGCAGGAAGAUACCGCCACGGCUCCGGAUGAGGCUUGCCCCCUCACCGGCCGAAGCGAUACACCAUGCAGUAGGCAAGGGCUUCAAAGCCUUCGUCGAGAUGACGUCGGAAAGCUCCUUCUUCCAAAGGAUCUGUCCGCGCCAUUAG